AAAAUUAGAUUUAAUUCAUUAACGAACCAUGAAAAUACACGUGUCAGAUGUUUAGCGGGUAGCUAUACCGUCCCACUCUAAUAGCUUCAGCCGCUGCUAGAUCUGUCUAACGGAGGCCUCGAAGAUUACCGUCACCGUUAACGGAGCUAAUCAUAACAAAAAUCUGAACCAUUCAACGGAAUUCUCUGAGCUUAAGCAUCUCCGUCAUCGUCAUUAUCACCAUCACUCACUGUCACGUUCUCUCUCUCUCUCUCUCUAAAAAAGUUCUCUCUCUCUAUAAAAACCUCUGUCACAGAAAAAGCGCAGCAAAAAGCAGACAGUUCACCAUAGUCUCCACCAGAACACGGUACUCUACGUGCACACAGAGGAAUAAAAGAAUUGCAGAGAUUAAUGAUCGACUUCUUUUCUAGGAGCUACAAUAUUCCACAUUUAUGAUGCGCAGAACCUUUUCUAAUUUGAUAAUCGGAUCACUAAUUUAAAUUCAGGAAAAAAAAUUCCGCAUGGGAAGGUAUGCGAGCAAGUGCAAGGAAUCAGGAGAGGCGGCGGUGAUGGAGAAGCCAGUUGAUACGGCGGCGGCGGGAGGUAGGAAGAGGAAAACUGCUUUGGGGGAAUCGGAGCUGUCAAAAUCGUCAAUUCAGCUCAAAACACGCCGUUUGAGUUUGACCUUGUCAACGCCGGAUAAUUCGGCUUCACCGGCGCGUUCCUGGAACUCGACGUGCGACAGCGUUAAUUCCGGUCGUUGCUCAAGUAGCAGACCGAUCAGUGAGUUGGCCAAGGAGAUUUCCGGCUUCCUAGAUCUGGAGGUACAGCAAGAGAACGAGGUGAGCGUGGAGUUUUUCCCGAUAUCGGCGGCUGACAAUUCGGUGGAUAUCAUCAGAGACCGUAGAGAAACGACGCCUUCGAGUGGCGACGACGUAGAAUCUGAGUCAGGCGAGCUGGAGUCGACGGCGCGACCACGUGAGACGAAUUCCGGCCGGCGUUCCGCCACCGCGAAAAUGCCGACCCAGGCUGAACUGGAAGAUUUCUUCACGGCGGCAGAAAAUAAUCUGCAGAAACAAUUCAUCGACAAGUAUAACUACGAUAUAGUGAAGGACGAGCCAAUGGAAGGGCGAUACGAGUGGGUUCAGAUUCAACUAAAACCAUGAUGAAGAAUAAAGUGGAUCAUUUCAUUCAAGCAAGCAAGUAAAUCAAAGUGGGUAUUAAUAAAUUAAUUAAUCUCAUAUAUUACAGUAAUUUCACUCUCUUUCCACUAAUUUAAAGUUUAAAUUCUUAAUUAGGGAUUGAUCUACUAGGUUUAAUUUAUGUUUUUAGAUCAUGAGAUGUAUAGCUAGUCUCAAUAAUUAUUCCAAGUUUCUGCAUAUAUAUUCUGCAAGUUAGUAAGCAACUCUAGUGAAGAAGAUCAAGAAUCUGAAGGGAAAUAAUUCUUUAGAAAUUAAAUCUUUGAUUCUGCAACUGGGAAAAAGAUUGAAGAACCAAACCCCUUUAUAAAAUGCUCUUUUGUUUCAUUUCUUGACUGGUUUUGCUUCUUAGUGUUUUCGUUAUAUAUAUGCUACAUCGGGUUAUUUACGCACGAUAUUUAUUAAUCGUAGAUGAAGUUAAUUA